CGUGUAAAAUAAAAUGAACUCGUCAUCAACCCACAUACUUUUUCAAACCGACAGACUCAUGCGAGUCUCUACAAACCAAUCAUCCAUCGAAGAAACAAGCCGAACAAUAAACAAGGAAGCAAGCAACAUAUACAUGGACUCCAUCCUUUCAAGUUUCAAACAAUAGAAAAAGAACACUACCACUUGGAUAUUACGCCACUGCUCUCCCUUGUUUUUGUCAGCCAAUGGUCCCUGCUCGGAACCUGCCCGAAUUGACCACGUUUUGCCAUCGCCGCGCGCCGAGGAUAAAUAGCGCAACGUGCGAGCAGCUCGGGCAAGCCAUUUUCCUUUGGAGCAGCUUCAACACACUGAACAAUCUAUCCAUCACACACUCGACCGAAUAAGAUAACGGGAGAGGAGCAGAGGAGUGAACAAGCUAGCAAUGGGGAGGGCUCCAUGCUGCGAGAAGACGGGGAUCAAGAGGGGGCCGUGGACGGCAGAGGAAGACAUGACCUUGGUGGCUCACAUCGAACAGCACGGGCACAGCAACUGGCGAGCGCUGCCGAAGCAGGCCGGCCUGCUGCGCUGUGGCAAGAGCUGCCGCCUCCGGUGGAUCAACUACCUUCGCCCGGACAUCAAGCGCGGCAACUUCACCAGCGAGGAGGAAGACGCCAUCAUCCAACUCCACGCCAUGCUCGGAAACAGAUGGUCCACCAUUGCCGCCAGGCUGCCUGGCAGGACGGACAACGAGAUCAAGAACGUCUGGCACACACACCUCAAGAAGCGACUCGAGUCGUCGUCCAAGCCGUCCAUCCAGGCAGAGCCUAAGCGCAACGCCAAGAAGCCUGCUGUGGCUGCGAGCGCGCUCGAGGGACCGACCUCCGAGCCGGCGUCGUCACUGGAGCAGUCCCUCUCGACGUCGUCCGCCACCGACUACUCAGUAGCCUCGUCGUUGGAGAACACGGGCAGCUCUUCUUGCUCGGAGGAGUACCAGAUUGACGACAGCUUCUGGUCGGAGACACUGGCGAUGUCGGUGGACAGCUUCAGUUCCGGGAUGGAAAUCGGCGACACCUUCGGCGCAGAUAGUGCAUCGCCGUCGUCGAGCAACGAUGAGAUGGACUUCUGGGUCACGCUGUUCAUGCAGGCUGGUGAUAUACAGAGUUUAUCACAUAUUUAAUGAGAAGAUUUGGCUACAUGUUCAUAUAUCUCACGAAUUCGGAAAUUUAUGUAGUUCGCUGGCUGA